AUGAGUAAACAGCACCUUAUCAUUGAUAAUGGGUCAUAUAACAUAAAAGCCGGUUUUGACCAAGGCGAGGACUCGGCUCCACAAAAGAUCUAUAAUGCUAUAACUAGAACCAAGGAUGGACUUGUACAUAUAGGUAAUGAUUUCAGGAUGCAUUCAAACAACUAUUCUGGGAUUCAAAUCAAACGCCCGUUUGAACAAGGGCAUCUAACUUCAUGGGAGACGGAGAAACCAAUAUGGGACUAUACAAUGGAUCAGAUCCUGCCGAAACACGAAAUUGACCCAUCAAACAUACAUCUCACACUAACAGAGUUACCGUUCCAGCUACCACAAUUAUCUUCCAACACAGACCAGAUUGUGUUUGAAGAGUAUGGGUUUAAGGAGUACUACAGAUGUACUUCUGCAUCGCUUGUACCCUUUAGUGUUGACACAACUGUAGUCGAUCCGGAUUUUACUUUAGUAGUUGAUGCUGGCUUCAAUGCAACUUGGAUCCAGCCAAUGCUAUUCCAAAAAGUAUACUGGGAAGGUGUUAGAAAAUUACCUGUGGGUGGCAACUUGCUCAAUGGAUUGCUUAGAGAAAUGAUAUCGUAUAGACAUUAUGACAUCUCAGACGAUCCAAUUCUUAUAAACACAAUCAAGGAAUCAACAUGUUUUAUUGCCAAAGACUACAAUGAUAACUUGAAGAAAAAAUUACAAAACGGUUGUCAAUUUGUUCUUCCAGACUUCAAAACCACCACCACUGGUUAUGUUGUUGGUGAAGGUACCCCCAAGCCGAGUGAAGAUUCACAAGUAUUGACACUACAGGACGAGAGAUUCACAAUCCCAGAAACAUUUUACCACCCCGAAAUCAUGUUUGAUCUCCAUGGCACUACUGCAUCAACCAGUGUUCUACAAAAUGCACCUAUCAAGACAUUGACGGACCUUAUUGUCUCCAGUAUCAUGUCGUGCCCUGAAAUCACAAGACCAUUGUUACUGGCUAAUAUCUGCCUUGUUGGUGGCACAACAAAUCUCCCAAAUUUCAAAACAAGAUUGCAGUCGGAGUUAACUAAAGAACUACCCCUGACAUGGACUGUUGCAGUCCAUGAAAAUCAAAACAGUAUUCCACAAGACGAAAUGAGUUGGUAUGGCGGAGUUAACUUGGUAAACGAGGACGUUAUCAAGAACAUCAGUGUUUCGAAAAAGGAGUACUUUGAACACGGUAGUAACUGGUGCCAGAAACAAUUUGGAUUCAAAAAUUUGUCAUAA